AUGGAUAUUAACGACUUCUUCGUCCAGUUCAUUGAACAUUUGAUUACUAACGUCUUCUUCGUCAAAUUCAUUGAAUAUAUGGAUAUUAACUUCUUCUUCGUCCAAUUAAAUGAAAAUAUGGAUAUUGACUUCUUCAUCGUCCAAUUCAUUGAACAUAUGGAUAUUAACUUCUUCAUCGUCCAAUUAAAUGAACAUAUGGAUAUUAACUUCCUCAUCGUCAAAUUCAUUGAACAUAUGGAUAUUAACUUCUCCAUCUUCCAAUUCAUUGAACAUAUGGAUAUUAACUUCUUCAUCGUCCAAUUAAAUGAACAUAUGGAUAUUAACUUCUUUAUCGUCGAAUGCAUUCAAUUGAAGGAAUACAGAGGCAUCAUCUCCACCCUAGCCAGACGAGCCAAAAACAUCUCCUCCACGCCCCAACUCCCAGAAGCCGAACUCAACCAUCUCCGCACUGUCUUCACCAGUUACAACAAUUACCCUGUCAAGUUAGUCAACCAAACAAUCAAUCGCACCCUCAACACCAGUGAUAAACCUCCCCGCCAACAAACAGCCCCUUUCGUCAUCAGCCUGCCCUACAUAGGAACUACCAGCCAUCAGAUCCGCCGACUACUUGAACAUGAAGCCAAUAUAGACGUUGUGUUCCAGAGAGGCCAGACAAUUCAGAACCUCCUCAAUGCCACAGGUAAACCACCAAGCACACGCAAACAAGAUCCAGCUGGUGUUGUGUGUGAAUGCGGCGACUCAUAUGUAGGUGAAACUUCAAGACCUCUCAAUCAACGCUUAAAAGAACAUCAUGCCUCUGUCCUAAAAAAAGAAGACUCUAAAUCUGCUAUCUCUGACCACACCCAAAUCCACCCCAGCCACAAUAUUAAGUGGGACAACGUCGACAUCUUAACAACAAACCAGAAAGUCUACAAGCUCAGAAAAUUUAGAGAAGACAUUUGCAUCAAAAGAAUUCAGCCAGCCAUAAACAGAGAUCAAGGAUACUACAUCCCUCCAGCUUACCAUGAUCUCAUCAGCUCGCCAAAACAACACUGA